UCUGCCCCUUUUUGAAUUUCAUCUUGACAAUGUCAGUCAUCCCAAAUCGUUCUCGACACAACGCAAGGAAAAGAGUUCAUGACGACGCCUCUUAUAUUUCUACCAACCCCAACCAUCUCAAAAGGCAGUCUGGUAUGGACAACGAUCCAACUAUUAGACCAGCAAAGAGGAAGAGGCUAGUCACCUCUGAUGUCGGUCUACAAGAACGUGGAGGAAUCUCUCUGAUCGACUUCCCCUCUCUCCCAAGCCCAUUCAUCCACCACUACCUCAACCACUUCGACCUCGUCCCUAUCAUUCGACCUAUUCCUACCACAGCAGAACCCCCACCACCACCCUACACAUUCCUCAACCCACAUCAAUACAUUCAUCCUCCUCCUCCUCCUCCAUCACGCCCUGACUCUCCAUCGUCAUCAGCAACUUUAGCGAACAGACCGCGAAGAACAGUCCUAUCGAGGUCGACUUCAACACCCACAGCUCAAAUUCCAAUUCCAAUUCCAACCCGUACCCCUAUCCUUGCAGACGUUGCAGAGCUUCAUGCUGUCCUUGCUACGUUGGCAGGACGGCAUUUUCGCUCGAUGUUUACAGGAGCGGGGGAUGCUAUGGGAAUUAGUGGGAGGGAAGAGGUGGACACGCUAGCUGCGUUUAUGUGUGCGGUGGAGAAUGGGCAGAGAGGGCCUGGAAUACCGAGGAGGAGAUGAGAUUUGGUGUUGCAUGAUGGUUUGACGAGAUAGAGGAACAGCGUUGGGUGGUUUUGGCGAUGGCCGCAACUCCCCACCGAUCCAUCGUUCACUUUUAACCAGUCAACGUACGAAAUCAACGGCUUAACAACUGCAUCGACAAGACGUUGCAAUUGAUGUUUUGAGAGGAGAAUGCCACCUUGAAAAUGGUAGGUCACGACGAAAGGAUAGGGAUUUGUGUUCAUUGGAAUUGUAGUCGAUGGCGACCUCAUAUCUAUAUCAUUAAUCAAAGUGCUGAUGGCGAUGUCUAGAAUAGCCUUGCCAUCACUUCAUUGUAUUUUUGAGGAGGGAAUUGAAGAUCGCGUAGUUUCGCC